UAAAAAAUUAGCUAUUUCGCUCAGGAGCAGUUUUGUUUUUCUUUUACGAAUCUAUUAAUUUUUCUAGAAACCAUUGGAAAAAUAUUUUCAAUUUGCUACAACUAAUCUCGGCCGCCAACCUAAAAAUCGUUAACAAUGUCUUUAGUCUGUGCAAUUACAAAUGAAGUGCCAGACACACCCGUUAUCUCGCCAAUCUCUGGUGCAAUAUUCGAGAAACGCAUCAUUGAAAAGUAUAUACUCGAGAAUGGCUGCGACCCAAUCACCGGCAAAGAGCUGAAAGUUGAAGAGUUGAUUGAGAUAAAAACGCCGCCAAUAGUGAAACCAAAACCGCCAAGUGCCACAAGUAUCCCAGCCACUUUGAAGACGAUGCAGGAUGAAUGGGACGCAUUAAUGCUGCACUCAUUCACACAACGACAACAACUACAAACAGCGCGUCAGGAAUUAUCGCACGCAUUGUAUCAACACGAUGCAGCCUGUCGUGUAAUUUCACGUUUAAAUAAAGAAGUCGCAGCAGCACGUGAAGCCUUGGCUACACUCAAACCGCAGGCCGGUAUUGGAGCCUCAACUGCACCAACGUCAAUACCCCAACCAGCUAUUGCAGCUGAGGCGGCUGGCAAUGCCACGCAACCGAUUGAGCAAGCUGGCAUGAGUGCCGAAGUUAUACAAAAACUACAAGACAAAGCUACUGUAUUGACGCAGGAACGCAAGAAGCGUGGCCGCACAGUGCCAGAGGAAUUAUGUACACAGGAGCAGAUUAAAACGUUUAUGACUGUGGCUUCUCAUCCCGGCUUGCAUUCAGCAUCCAUACCGGGUAUUUUAGCAUUGGAUAUUAAUAGUGCCGAUCAUAGUAAGAUUUUGACUGGUGGAAAUGAUAAAAAUGCGACAGUAUUCAAUAAGGAUACAGAACAAGUUGUAGCUAUACUUAAGGGGCACACAAAGAAGAUUACCAAAGUCAUCUAUCAUCCCGAUGAAGAUACCGUAAUUACCGGUUCGCCCGAUAUGUCAAUACGCAUAUGGCAUGUGCCAACAUCGCAGACACAGUUGCUAUUGCGUUGUCAUGAUGGGCCGGUUACAGGCUUGUCACUCCAUCCCACUGGCGAUUACAUACUGUCCACAUCAUCAGACAAACAUUGGGCUUUCUCAGACAUACGUACUGGACGUUUAUUGACAAAGGUAAUUGAUACCGCAGAGGUAGGUUUAACGACAGCACAGUUCCAUCCUGAUGGUUUGAUUUUUGGCACUGGAACUGACGACUCACAAGUUAAGAUUUGGGAUUUGAAGGAACAAAGUAAUGUUGCAAAUUUCCCAGGACAUACAGGACCGAUAUCAGCUAUAAGUUUUUCGGAAAACGGUUACUAUUUGGCCACUGCGGCGGAUGAUGCCUGCGUUAAGCUAUGGGAUUUACGUAAAUUGAAGAACUUCAAGACAAUACAGUUGGAGGAUGGAUAUGAAGUUAAGGAUCUAUGCUUUGACCAAAGUGGUACCUACUUAGCCAUUGCAGGCACAGAUGUGAGAAUCCACCUAUGCAAGCAAUGGCAGGACUUGAAGGUGUUCAAUGACCACACGGCACUAGCCACGGGUGUACGCUUCGGGAAACAUGCACAAUAUUUGGCCUCGACAAGCAUGGAUCGUACUCUAAAACUCUAUGCCAUUGAAUAAAAACAAUUUACAUAAAUAAAUUACGCCUCUGAUGCAUCGCUUUCAAACACAAAAAUCCGUUUGCCUAAGGAUUAAAGAUACUAUCAAUUUCAAUUAAUUCAGUCUUUGAAGUACACACACAUACGUCUUACAGACUAGAUAACACAGAGCAAUAGAUGCAUUCAUAAUUCAUUUGUAGGGUAAGGAGUAAAUAUUUAAAAUCUUGUAUACAUUAAACUAAUAAUAAACAGAAUAAAAUGCGGAGUGAAAAAGAAA